GCCUGCGUCUUGAAGAGGUGUGAUUCCCUGACUAAUAUAGCUGUGCUGGCAAAAGCCCCAAAGAAGAGUCUGGUGGCUGAGGCCGAGAAUCCUAAGCAGCAGCAGCAAAAAGAGGAGGAGGUAGCUGCUGAAACACAGAAGCAAGAGGCUUCUUUGGGUGAGGCUUCCCAACAGGCAUCUGAGGGGCAUAAUCAAACAAGACAGAAACAGAAGGCAUCCAAUGGUGAUACCCCCACACACGAAGAGCAGAGCAAGAACAAAGAACGCUGCACUUCUGAGAGUCGGGGACUGUCACGCCUUUUUUCAUCAUUUCUCAAAAGGCCCAAGUCUCAAGUUUCUGAAGAGGGAAAAGAAGUGGAGACUCCACAAGAGAGAGGUGAAGGAGGUCAGAAAGAAACAGAUCUAGGAUCCAGUCCCGAUGAAGAAAUCCUACUGAAGGCCCCAAUAGCAGCUCCUGAACCUGAACUCAGGACUGAUCCAUCUUUAGAUCUUCAUUCACUAAGCAGCGCAGAAACACAGCCUGCUCAGGAGGACAGGAGAGAAGAUCAAGACCCAGAGAGCAGAGACCUUGAGAUUAAGGAAGGAGACGGAGUGCAGGAAGAGUGUUCCAAGGCAGAGUUGAAAAGAGAGAACCCUGAGACAAAGGCAGACCAAGAAUUAAAAGCCACCCAGAAAUCAGUAAGAAGACACAGAAAUAUGUACUGCAAGGUUUCCUUGCUGGAUGACACCGUUUACGAGUGUGCUUUGGAUAAACAUGCCAAGGGUCAGGAUCUUCUUAGAAAAGUAUGCGAGCACCUCAAUCUUCUGGAAGAAGACUACUUUGGACUGGCCAUAUGGGACUCUCCAACUUCCAAGACAUGGUUGGAUUCUGCCAAAGAAAUAAAAAAGCAGGUUCAUGGAGGCCCCUGGAACUUUACAUUCAAUGUGAAGUUUUAUCCACCAGAUCCAGCACAGCUGACAGAGGAUAUAACGAGGUAUUAUUUGUGUCUUCAGCUUAGACAUGACAUUGUUACAGGGCGUCUGCCUUGUUCCUUUGCGACACUGGCCCUGCUGAGUUCUUACACAGUCCAGUCUGAAUUGGGAGAUUAUGACCCAGAGUUACAUAGUGCAGAUUAUGUCAGUGAGUUUAAACUGGCCCCAAACCAGACAAAGGAACUUGAAGAAAAAGUCAUGGAACUACAUAAAACAUACAGAUCCAUGACUCCAGCCCAAGCAGACCUCGAAUUUCUUGAGAAUGCGAAAAAGCUAUCUAUGUAUGGAGUUGACCUUCACCAAGCCAAGGACUUGGAGGGAGUUGACAUCAUUCUGGGAGUCUGUUCCAGUGGCCUUCUCGUCUAUAAAGAUAAACUGAGAAUCAACCGCUUUCCUUGGCCCAAAGUGCUGAAGAUUUCCUACAAACGCAGCAGCUUCUUCAUUAAGAUCCGGCCAGGGGAGCACGAACAAUAUGAAAAUACCAUUGGAUUCAAACUACCUAGUUAUCGGGCAGCUAAGAAACUGUGGAAAGUCUGUGUUGAACAUCACACUUUUUUCAGGCUGACUUCCCCUGAAGCACUUCCAAAGAGCAGAUUCCUGGCACUGGGCUCUAAAUUCCGUUAUAGUGGACGAACGCAGGCCCAGACAAGACAAGCUAGUGCCUUGAUUGACAGACCUGCUCCACAGUUUGAACGAACAGCAAGUAAACGGGCAUCUAGAAGCCUUGAUGGAGCUAAACGUGCGUCUCAAAAAAUUGAGGUCAGACCUAUAUUGGAGGAGAAGCAGGACGAUGUGGUGAUGGUUGAGAUUCCAGAGUCAAAACCUGUGGAACAGUUCGGAGAGAAGCCAGCCAAACAUACUUCUGAAAGUAUUGAGAUGAAACCAAUAGCAGAAGAAGAGGAAGAGGAGAAAGUGGAGGUGUUUAAGGUUACUGUUCCAGAAUCAAAAUUAAUGGAACUGUUUCAAAAACAGCCAGUUAUACGUGUCCUUGAAAAUACUGAGAUACGCCCAAUAGGCGAAGAUGAGGAGGAAAAGAAAGUGAUGAUGAUGAAAGAUCUAGAACUAGAACCCAAAUUUCUGGAACCAGUCCAAAAGGAGCCAGCAGUAGCGGUGGUUACACCUGACCGAAGCCCACGGCCCACCUCUGCACCAACCAUUGCUCAGAGACAUGUUGAACCUACCCCACCAGCUGCAUCAGAUACCAAGGAAAUAGUAGUAGUCUCUAACGUGGAGAAGGAAGCUGUGGAAACUGAGGGAAAGCAUGAAGAAAUGCUACCCGAGAAAGUGAAGAUGGAACCAUCUGAAGUGGCCAAGGUGGGGAAAACGCACAGCGAGGUCACAUUGCCUACCACAAAUGGUGACCAGCCCCAGCAGCCUGCAGAAAAAGAGGAAGAGCCGAUCAGAAUGAGGAAGAAAAGAUCAAAGAAACUAGAUGGUGAAAACAUUUAUAUCAGGCAUAGCAAUUUAAUGUUGGAGGGACUAGAUGAUAAAACUCAAGAAGAAAUAAAGAAACAUCAUGCUAACAUCAGUGAGCUGAAGAAGAACUUUAUGGAGUCCGUCCCCGAGUCCCGGCCUAGUGAAUGGGAUAAGCGCCUGUCUACUCACUCCCCCUUCAGAACAUUUAACGUCAAUGGGCAGGUCCCCACCGGAGUGGAAGGAGUCAAGAAAGCCACUCUCCUGUCCUCUGAAAGAAGGGUUGGUGGGCCAGAGAGUCUGUCUGACUUUCCCCCCAAAACGGAUGUGGAUGCAGUGACAGAGAGGAAAAGUACUGCCCCUGACUUUGAAUUGGUGGGCCCAAAGCAUUCAGUAGCCUGUAGUGAGAACCAAAUGUCAACUCCACCAGAGUCUUUACAAAGUCAUGACUUUGGCACUUCCUCCCUAAGCAGUGAGGAGGAAACUAGAGCUCUUGUAUUUCUUGAGAGCAAGGAUGACCUAACAUAUGAAAAGCGUUACGCAGGUGUGGAAAAGCAGGCAGAUUACUCAGCUGAGCAGUCUGAGGUGGAGACCCUUACAAUCUCUGUUUCACCUCCACUGUACCCCUGUGAGAGAGAGGAGAAGGCAGAGAAUGUUGAAGAAAAUUAUUUUACAAGAGCUCCACUUAGAAAUCUAAACGGAGAGUGUCACAACUUGAAUAUUGAUAAUGGGCUUCCCACGCUCAUUCGCUGUUUUCAGCCACCCCUAGUGAAGACUCAGACAGUUACCAUCUCUGACAUGUCCAAUGCUGUGAAAAGUGAAAUUCCAACAAAAGACAUUUCCAUUGUUCACACAGAGACCAAGACCAUCACCUACGAAGCUGCACAGACAGAUGAUGGCAAUGGGGACUCAGACCCUGGAGUCCUGCUCACUGCUCAGACCAUCACGUCAGAGACCACCAGUAGUACAACCACCACACAGAUUACAAAGACUGUAAGAGGUGGAAUUUCAGAGACAAGAAUUGAAAAAAGAAUUGUCAUCACAGGAGAUGCAGACAUUGACCACGAUCAGGUUCUAGUGCAGGCCAUCAAAGAAGCAAAAGAGCAGCACCCGGACAUGUCUGUGACCAAAGUCGUCGUCCACCAGGAGACUGAGAUUGCUGAUGAAUAGCACGGCCAGGAGAUGUUUCUCCCAGACUGAGAGAACUCCAGAAAGGGAGGAGAGAGCGAUAGAGGAAAAACUGCAGAGAAACUACCUGGAGCACAAAGACCACAAUUUUCAAGAUUUGCUGUCAGUAACUGAACAUUCAUACCAUUUACUAGGAGUUACGCUUUGACAUUUACUUGGGAUUUUCCAGAAUAUAGUGGAUCCUUUUGAAUACUUUUAUAUUGUAAAACACAGUAUGCCAUACUUCUCACUUUACUGAAUGUUUUUUUAAAUAGGUUUUCAGUUUUGCAUUCCCUCAUGCAUAGCCUCCAUAGGUCCUCACAAAAGGGUGGGUUCUUAAGUCUUAUUCCUUCAGAUAGACUGGGGUUAAGCCAUGCUCAUGUGUAUCUUAGAAACUGCACCUUAGAAUAACAGCUGUUUGAAAACCCUAGUGAUUGAUGGGGCCUUAUUUAGAUGUCAGCAUGCGGCAUUUCUACUUGCUUCUUGUGAUUGGCCCUAGAUAUUUCCAGAAAACUCCAAAUCACGCUACCCAGGUGCACAAAACAGAGUUUCUAUACCUUUACUCUGCAUUUCCUUGCUUUUAUGGGUUUUGGUCCUUGAUGUUGUUUGAACAUAGUGGCGGGGAUUGUGGUGUAAUAUUCACACAUUUCAGUAGUUGGCUAGAUUAAGGAAUACUGGAAGUUGCUUCACAAACUCUCUCAUACUGUGAAUUCUAGAGCGUUAAGAAAACUGUGACAGGGCACUACCCCUUCCUGCUCCUCAGAGACUGCAUUUCUACUGAAUGUUACCUACCUAUUUUUGCUUUCUAGAUGCUAUUUAAAUAAGUCUAUAGAAGUGUCUGGUUAAGGAGUUUGGGCUCUGAAUGCUAUAUGGUAGGCUAUGCAGCAUUCGCAAUAGUUGAUUUCUCAGUGUCAGACUUUUAUUUGUUUAAUUUUUCAAUAAGUUUGUAAAUCAUGUUUUUUCCAGUACUAUUUAAAGCUACCCACAAAUCAGGGCGGGGGUGUGUGUGUGUAAUCAUAACUUAAUUUAAAAUCAUCUCUUAAACACACUCACCUUCCUAGACAUGUAAGCUCAAUUUGGGCUGGCAGUCCAAGACAUUCACACAGCUGUAGAUUAUAGCAACCAGUGGGAACUAAGUCAAACCGUUUGGAAAGUGCACAUGCUCAGAUCACUGGCAUUCCCCUCUCCACAUAAAUGAAGGUUCUGUAGUACAUUGGCUCCUUCACUGCCAUGCUGCAAUGAAACAACUGCAGCCAGCUCUGGCCCUGGUUUCAGCUUCUGGAUGAUGGUGCAUUCAGGUCUAUGACAGCUAUCCAGCUGCUGUUUUUAAAACAUCCCAUGUACUUUACCAAAAAAGCACUGAAAGUAUUUUUUCUAGAUACUCCUGUCAUAUCCACUGUAGCAGCUUAUGGCAUACUUAAUAGAAGUUGGGUAUUUUUUUUAAAGUAUUUUUAGGGAGAGUGUGUGUGAAUGGAAUUUUCUACCUGGAGAUGAUCCAUAAAUUUGUAAGGUGACCACUGUGGUGUUAAUCAUGACUUUCAAAAUGAGAGCGUAAUGCUUUUGUGGGGGUAGGAUAUACCUCUUUUCAUGUCAGCAGCAGAUCACCAUCACUUGUUUGGAGUUAAUGGAAACCUCUUAAUCAUGCCCUGGUUUUUCUUUCCAGCAAUAUUUUCAAGUUUUGUAAUGAAUAGAGUUGCAAGCAAUAUUUUUUUUAAAGAUAGGGCUUUGAAGUUGUAUCUGGCAUGGCACACCUCUAGCUGUGAGGGAGAACCCUUUGCUGCUAAGCUACAUUCCAGGAUGAGAAGAAACUGGCAGUAAUUUUUUUUUUUAAAACAUGGUCAAACUU